UCGCGGUAAUGCUUACAUCUCGCGAGAGUUACACCGAUGACGUAACGUUUUGACCUUUGUCCCAGCACACUCUCAGACUGCAGUCUCUAAGAGCUUCCACGUCGAGGAGUCCGUCAUGAACAGAGUUUGGACCAAAACCAACGUGACACGCUUGAGCGGCGUGUUGCAGAGGUUGCAGAGCACCUUGGUGGUUGCUGAGCACAACAAUGAGAAGUUGACGCCCAUCACCUUGAAUGCCAUCACUGCUGCUUGCAGACUUGGUGGAGAAGUAUCUUGUCUGGUGGCGGGAACAAACUGUGCAAAGGUUGUGGAAGAAAUCAGUCAAGUAAGCGGUGUGAAGAAAGUGUUGGUGGUUCAGAAUGAUUCUUACAAAGGAGCCCUGCCAGAGGAGCUGACGCCUCUCAUCCUGGCAACUCACAAGCAGUUCUGCUUUACUCACAUCUGUGCUGGAGCGUCUGCUUUUGGAAAGAACCUGCUGCCAAGAGUGGCCGCCAAGUUGGACGUGGCUCCGAUCUCCGAUAUUAUUGAGAUCAAGUCUCCAGACACAUUUGUCCGAGCCAUCUAUGCAGGAAAUGCUCUCAGCACGGUGAAGAGUAGCGAGCCGGUGAAGGUGUUCACCGUGAGAGGAACAUCCUUUGAGGCGGCGUCCACUGAGGGAGGAAGUGCUGCGACAGAAAAUGUGGCUGCUAACCCCGCUGUGGGAGUGUCCGAGUGGGUGGAACAGAACCUGACAAAGAAUGACCGUCCAGAGCUGACCAGUGCAAAGGUUGUGGUGUCUGGAGGUAGAGGCUUGAAGAGCGGAGACAACUUCAAACUGCUUUAUGAUCUUGCAGACAAAAUGAAUGCUGCAGUUGGUGCUUCUCGAGCUGCAGUGGAUGCUGGUUAUGUCCCGAAUGAUAUGCAAGUUGGACAAACGGGCAAGAUUGUGGCACCGGAGCUGUACAUCGCUGUGGGCAUCUCUGGAGCCAUUCAACACUUGGCGGGGAUGAAAGACAGCAAGACUAUCGUUGCAAUCAACAAGGACGCAGAAGCUCCCAUUUUCCAGGUGGCGGACUACGGCCUGGUGGCUGAUCUCUUUAAGGUUGUUCCUGAGAUGACAGAAGCUCUGAGCAAGUGAUCAUCAUCCAUCAGCUGAAACCUUCACAAAGAAGAGCCAGUGGAGGAUCCAGCAGACCUGCUGAGAAUAUCUUCACACCAAUGCCAGUUUUUAUGUAUAAGUCUUGAAUAUCAGCAAUCAAAGAUGUACUUUGAUUUCUCAUUUUGUGGCGCCUCUAGUGGUGAGUGAUUCUACUUACUGGUACGUGUCGGCCGGGUUUGGGGAGUCGACCUGCUAAACUGUUAAUUUUCACAUUGUAUUAAAAAGUGACAACCAA